CCGAGGAGUGGGCGACUCGCCUUCUCCUCCCCUCCCUCUCCCCAGUCUGCUCUCUCGAGCCUGGAGUCCUGGACUUGACUGGACUGAAGGGGGAGAAAAGGAAAAUUCUCCUUCAGGGCCAGUCGCCGGUCUCGCCGGCCUUCUCGGACCACCCGCAUUGCCCAGGCAGCUAUAAAGUACUCGCUGGACAAGGCGGCAACUCAACCCAUCCCAUCCAUCUGGAAGCAGAGGCGAUCCAAGAAAAGGCGCUCCUUUCCCUGUUCGGACUUGGGAGACAGGAGGGGAAUCGUUGGAGUCCUCUUGUUUUGUGCUGGGUCGAGCGGUGGAAGCUGCUGAAGUAAAGAUUUGCGCUUUGAGGUGUUGGGGGCGAAGGGAGGAUGGCAUUUGCGGUCUCCGACGAGCUGCUGGGCACGUUCGUGCCGAUUGCCGUGUACUGGCUCUACUCGGGGCUGUACGUCGUGCUGGAUGGGCUGGGGAUGGAUGACUACAGGCUCCACCCCAAGGGGGAGGAGGCCAAGAACAUUGUGUCCAAGUGGACGGUCGUCAGGGGCGUCCUCGUCCAGCAGGCGUUCCAAAUCGCCGUCUCGCUUCUCCUCUUCACGGUCCUUGGUGAUGAAAGUGGGACUGUGAGGAAGCAACCUCCUGCUCUGGUAAUAGCGUUGCAAUUUAUCAUUGCAAUGUUUGUUAUGGACACAUGGCAGUACUUCAUGCACAGAUACAUGCACAUCAACAAAUUCUUGUACAAGCACGUCCACUCCAAGCAUCACACUCUUGUUGUCCCCUAUGCCUUUGGAGCUCUUUACAACCACCCCCUCGAGGGACUCAUUCUGGACACCAUCGGUGGUGCGCUCUCGUUCCUCAUAUCUGGCAUGACUCCAAGGACGGGCAUAUUCUUCUUCUCAUUCGCAACCAUCAAGACUGUCGAUGACCACUGCGGCCUGUGGCUUCCUGGGAACAUCCUCCAUGUCUUCUUCAGCAACAACAGCGCUUACCAUGACAUUCACCACCAGCUCUACGGCAACAAGUACAACUUUUCACAGCCGUUCUUUGUCAUGUGGGACAAGAUCCUCGGAACAUACAUGCCGUACACUCUUGAGACCCGCAAGGGAGGCGGGUUCGAGGCUCGCCCGGUUAAGCUCAACCAAGCUUAGUGGUCCAAGACUGAUUAAGCAGUGUUGUUUUCCUGUUGUCUACCACUUGCACUGAUUUUUUCCUAACUACAUUUGUGUUGUAGAAGUCUUUUCCCUGUUCAUAUAGUAAAUUCCUUUAGGCAGAUGCCACCUUGUACCAAGAAAUAGCAAAUAAACAUCUUCUUAAAGAAAAUCCACUCAGAUUUGUUUA